CGCAUCACAAGGUCACCCUAUCUCACCGCUUGCUUCUCUGCAUUGGCGGGAGAGGGUUGCAGGGUUUGCACAAGGCUGGGGCGGGAGCUGGAGGGAGGGGGGGAAGAGAUCUGGAUUUUUUUCCCCCCUCCUUAAUCAGAGCCACAAUGGAAACCAGGAAGGAGAUGGUGAUGUUUCUGGAAGGGGCACAACUUGGAGCUCUAGUUGGCAAGAGGGUACCUAAUUUGUCCGAAGCAGUGGGGAGCCCCGCUCCAGAGCCGCAGGAGAAGAUGAUCCAUCGGAACUGCCUAAGCCCCAGACCUGGCCCCUUGUCGUCCCGGGAGAGAGGAGGAGGAGGAGGUGGCGGAGGAGAAGACGAAGAAGAGGUGGAGGUGCUGCCAGGGACAGGGACGGUGCCGGAGAGCCGUUCGGCAGCGGCAGCUUUGCUUUCGGCCGGACAGCAGCCCCCCGCUUCGGAGCCCCCCUCCAGCAAAGGGCAGCAGAGCAGCUCGGACACAGAGUCGGAUUUCUAUGAGGAAAUCGAGGUGAGCUGCACCCCGGACUGCGCCACGGGAAGCGCCGAGUACCAGCACAGCAAAGGGCCGUGCUCCGAGGCGCUGGCCGGCAGCCCCAGCGCCGGGGGGGAUCACCCCAAGGGCAGCGGAGGCAGCGGUGGUCCCCAGGGCUCGCUGGCCUGCAGCGCCAGCGACCAGAUGCGCCGCUACCGCACCGCCUUCACCCGCGAGCAGAUCGCCCGGUUGGAGAAGGAGUUCUACCGGGAAAAUUACGUGUCCAGGCCCCGGAGAUGUGAACUAGCGGCUGCUCUAAAUCUACCAGAAACCACCAUCAAGGUUUGGUUCCAGAACCGCAGGAUGAAGGACAAGCGGCAGCGCCUGGCCAUGACCUGGCCUCACCCGGCCGACCCUGCGUUUUAUACCUACAUGAUGAGCCACGCUGCAGCCACCGGCAAUUUGCCCUACCCGUUCCCGUCCCACCUGCCCCUGCCUUACUACUCUCACAUGGGCAUCGGAGCCACAUCGGCCUCUGCCGCCACUCCCUUCAGUACCCCCCUGAGGCCGCUGGACACCUUCAGGGUCCUCUCCCACCCCUACCCGAGACCAGAACUGCUGUGCGCCUUCAGGCAUCCCUCUCUCUACCCUGCCCCAACUCAUGGACUCAGCACCGCCGGGGGUAACCCCUGCUCCUGCUUGGCUUGCCACAGCGGCCAGUCCAAUGGGCUGGGGCAGAGACCCUCCGGGUCAGACUUUACCUGUUCGGCCACAACCAGGACUGAUUCUUUCCUCACCUUCACGCCCUCUGUGCUGAGCAAAGCCACCUCAGUUUCCAUGGACCAGCGAGAAGAAGUUCCUUUAACGAGAUAA